AUGUCCCCUUCAAUAUUGGCUAUAAAUAUAGAACGAAGAACACUCUACAAGGCACACACAUUCGAUCUGAUCACUGCUCAAUCGAUUAUACCCAAUUACUUUCGUAUCCUCGUUAUUCCACAAAUCGCCUUUAUUGCUCAUCUUCUUCCUUCGGCGUUACAACUUUCAAGAGGAAUGGUUUCAUUGGUGAAUUCUGUUGGGUUAAUCUGGGGGAAGACAGACGAGAGAAUGCGGAUUUCUUACUUUGUCCGAAAUAUGGUUACUUUCACAUUACUGGGCGCCGGUGUCUUCCUCUUGUUGCAGGCGGUGGUUCAAUGUGAGUUUCCGGCGACCCUCAGGCUGGAAAGAGCUUUUCCGGUGAACCAUCCCAUUGAGUUGAGUCACCUUAGAGAUGGAGAUAGUUUUAGACACCAAAGGAUAUUAAGAGGUGUUACUCAAUUGUCUGUUUACGGGACUUAUGAUCCCCUUGUUGCUGGGCUUUACUUCACAACAAUCACUCUUGGAUCUCCUCCAAAAGACUAUCACGUACAAAUUGACACGGGAAGUGACGUGUUAUGGAUUGGUUGCAAGCCUUGCAAAGAAUGCCCGACAUCAAGCGGAUUAGAAAUUCCGGUUACGCUCUAUGACCCUUCAAGGUCCUCAACAUCCUCUCCUAUAUCAUGUUCAGACAAAAGAUGUUCUCCAUCUGAUAAAUCCAACUCAUGUUCACAUAAUUGGUGCACUUACAAUAUCAAUUAUGAAGAUGGUAGUGGAACAUCAGGUCAUUAUGUAUCAGACUUGAUACAUUUUGAAAUAUUUAUCGACACAGAAUCGUCAAUUAAUAUUUCAGCUUCAGUUGUAUUUGGUUGCAGCACAUCUGAAACUGGGCGCUUGACUAAAACUAAACGACCGGUUGAUGGGAUUCUGGGACUUGGUCAGCAAGGUUUAUCUAUAAUGUCCCAACUUUCUUCACAAGGGAUUGCUCCUACUUCAUUUUCUCAUUGUCUUGCUGAUGGAGGAGGGUUGUUGGUUCUUGGUAAAGCAAUGGUUCCAAAUAUGGUCUUUACUCCACUUGUCAAAUCCAAGUGGCAUUAUAAUGUAAAUUUAGAGAGCAUUUCUGUGGAUGGUCAAACAAUGUCAAUUGAUCCAUCGGUAUUUGCACUAAAUCAUGAUCAAACAGGAACAAUAAUUGAUUCGGGAACAACUCUCGUAUACCUUACUAAAGAGGCUUACACCCCUGUUGUGGAAGCUAUCAAACAUGCAGUUUCACACUCUAUACAGCCACUUAUAUCAAAGGACUAUGUGUGUUAUUCAUUUCCCGAAAGUUAUUCCUUUACUACCAUAUUUCCCACAGUAAGCUUCAACUUUGCGGGUGGUGCUUCAAUGCAUUUAAGACCUCGCGACUAUCUUUUACGCCAAAUAUCCAUGAGUGGGGCAAGGGUAUGGUGCAUGGGAAUUCUGCCGAGUCGGGAGAAAGGAAUUACGAUUUUAGGAGACCUUGUUCUCCGAGACAAAGUUAUCGUUUAUGAUUUGGGUGGCCAACAGAUUGGAUGGGCUGAUCGUGACUGUUUUUCAAUUUUUAACAUCUCUGCUGGUGGCAGUUCAUUGCGGAUUUCAUGUCACCAACUAAUUCUGACCGUUGUUAUUUCUUGUAUUUUACACUUGACGAUGAUGUUGUUUGGUUUACAUUCAUGACAACCCUCUGAAUGCUUGAGUUUAUAUAGUCGUCGCGUGACAGUUUUCGGGGGGUUUAGUGCACGUAAAUAUCUCUAAUUAUUACCAUGUUAUCUUAAUUAGCUAGAUGAUUGUCUUA